GAAACGCUUGCAAUAACUGUCUCCCAGCGCUUGACGCCAAAACGCCCGGAAGAAAGAUCAACCGGGAACCAUUUUUGUAAACAAAUGGCUGAGGCAGAAAAAGACCAAUUUGAGGAGGAGGAGACCGAGGAGGAAAGUCAGAAAGGAGAAAAAAGGAAGAAAAUUUUCUCCAAGGAAUUGCGGUGUAUGAUGUACGGGUUUGGAGAUGACCAGAAUCCCUACACUGAGUCUGUGGACCUGAUAGAAGACCUCGUCGUAGAAUACAUAUCAGAAAUGACCAAGAAAGCGCUUGAGGUCGGGCGGCCCGGCAGAAUAUCAGUGGAAGAUUUAAUUUUCCUGAUCAGGAAGGACCCGAAGAAAUACUCAAGGGUCAAAGAACUGCUUACGAUGAGUGAGGAACUGAGAAAAGCUAGAAAGGCCUUUGAUGAGAUUAAAUAUGCCACAAGUGGCACAUCUAAGUGAUUUCAUUUUUCUCUUGAUCCAUUACAUUCUGCCACAAUACUAAUUUUGCAUGAUUUUAAUUCAAUACUAGUUAUUUUGCAUUAUCUCAUUUUCAUACUGAUUCUGUUGUGUCAUUGCAAAUAAACAUUAUUGAACAUGG